AUGUCUGACCAAUUAAAGAAACAUUUAACUACACAGCUCGGGCUAUUGGACCAGAUGUCCGCCCAACUAAAGAAACAUUUAACUACCCAGCUCGAGCUAUUGGACGAGUCAAGUUUUCAUCUACAGAGUAGCAUCAGUGAUUUUAUACAGCAGAUCAGAACUAGAGCCAAUGAAUGUGUAGACAAUAUGCCUGGCUCCAGUAAAGCUGUGAAAGAUGCAAUUGCUAUGGUAACAACUGCACAAAGUAUAAUACUAGAACACACAGACAUUUUCAAUGAUUCCACCAAGCUGUCCCCUACCACAGUGAUGACACUAGAAAAGACAACACCAGACAUUCAAGAUAAGAAAGCUCCAAUAUCUGUUGAAUAUAAUCCAGAAACAUCAAGAAGACUAAAAGAUAUUGAAACAGUUUUAUCAUCCCUUCAAAACGCAACACAAAAGACUGAAGAUGACAUAUCAGAAAUAAAACAAUGGAGAGACAACUUUGUAACAGAACAAAGUGAUCUGGGGAUUAAAAUUCAAAACUGGUCUAAGAAACAAAAACAGAAUUAUAAAAACUUAAGAAAACAAUUAAUAGAGCAAGAUGACAAAAUAGAACAGCUGAUUCAACAAAUUCAUGUUGUGACUUUUAAACUUUUACAACAAAGAUUGAUGCCAAUUGACAAAAUAAUUGAAAGAUAUAAUCAAAAAUAUGAGACUAGGGAAGGGAAAAUGAAGAAGACUGAAACUUUGGAAAAAGAAGUUUUAAAACUAUCACAGGAUCUUCAAUCUAUUGCCAAUCAACAAGUGAAACCUUCUACACCGGGGUUUAUUGCUUCACAAGGUCGCUCGAAAGGGAAAUUUAAUGACGGAUACCAAGUUAUUACAUUCAGUGCUGUAGAAACUAACGUAGGAAACCAUUUUGAUCCAAAGACUGGAGAGUUUACGGUCCCUGUUGAUGGCCUGUAA